GCGGUGGGAUGGCUAUCCCUUUUGGUUCGCCUUUGUGGUUGGCGAACGCCGGAAUCUCCUGUUUUCUCGUGCUUUUCGCAGGUAUCAUGUCGGGGCUUACCCUGGGCCUUAUGUCGAUGGGCAGUGUCGAGCUCGAGAUCCUGCAUCGCAGCGGCACAGCAACCGAUAAGCGGCGGGCAGCUACCAUUCUCCCUGUUGUUAAAAAGCGACAUCAACUUCUGGUGACUCUGCUAUUGUGUAAUGCUGCUGCCAUGGAGGCCCUCCCUUUAUUUCUUGAUAAGAUCUUUAAUCCAGUCGUCACAGUUAUCUUGUCUGUAACAUUUGUUCUGGUUUUUGGAGAGGUUAUUCCUCAAGCCAUAUGUUCAAGAUAUGGCUUGGCCGUGGGUGCAAAAUUUAUAUGGCUUGUGCGAAUCUUAAUGGUCAUUUGCUACCCUGUAGCUUAUCCAAUUGGAAAGAUUUUGGAUUGUGCGCUUGGACAUGGUGAUUCAGCAAUUUUUAGGCGUGCUCAUUUGAAGACACUCGUUUCUAUUCAUAGCAAAGAGGCUGGUAAUGGCGGAGAGCUCUCCCAUGUUGAAACAACAAUAAUAAAUGGUGCUCUUGAUAUGACAGAAAAGACUGCUGAGGAAGCAAUGACACCAAUUGAAUCCAAAUCCACAUUCUCAUUAGAUGUCAAUUCAAAGUUGGACUGGGAAGCCUUUAGCAAAAUCAUAGUUCGGGGCCACAGCAGAAUCCCUGUUUAUUCAGGAAACCCAAGAAACAUUAUUGGUUUUCUACUGGCGAAAAGUCUUCUCGCUGUUCGUGCUGAGACAGAGACGCCAGUUAAUGUUGUUUCUAUAAGAAGAAUUCCUAGGGUCUCAGCAAAUAUGCCUCUAUAUGAUAUAUUAAAUGAGUUUCAGAAGGGAAGGAGCCAUAUAGCUGUUGUUGUCAAGACUAAUGUAAAAAUAAAGAGUCUUCCACCCAUUGAAGAGAACAAGUCUGAAGAAAAUAAAGAAGCUUCUGACGAAUCAAACUUGACAACUCCUUUCCUAUCAAAAGAGGACGACACUUUUGUGGUGGACAUAGAUAAGGGUCCAGAAAAACAAGCUAAAGGUAAUAACCCCACUUCGGGUCUUACAUCAGAGGAUAUUGAAGAUGGAGAGGUUAUCGGCAUCAUCACUCUUGAGGAUGUGUUUGAAGAACUCCUUCAGGAUGAGAUUGUGGAUGAAACUGAUGAAUAUGUUGACGUUCACAAAAGGAUACGUGUGGCUGCUGUUGCGGCCGCAUCUUCAGUUGCAGGAGCAUCAAUUAGGAGGUUAACUAAAUAA